AUGGCUCCUAUAGCGCUCACUCCCCCUCCGGUCGAGGCGAAGAGACCUGGUCUACAUCGAGUCGACACUGCCAAUCUCGGCACGAAGAGAAAGAUAAUAUGCUUUUCAGACUUCGAUGGCACGAUUUUUCUGCAAGAUACCGGGCACCAGCUGUUCGACAACUUCGGCUGCGGGCCUUCACGACGUGCUGAAUUGGCCCACGAGCUCGAGUCUGGUACACGCAGCUUCAAAGAAGUCUCAGACGAGCUAUAUUCCUCGCUUGAUGUCCCAUUCGAUUCUGUCUUCGAUGUGAUGAAGACAGCACUUGAGAUCGACCCGGACUUUGCUACCUUCCACGAGUUCUGCGUUAACAAUUCGAUUCCUUUCAAUGUCAUCUCCGCUGGCCUGAAACCAGUUCUUCGCAAAGUUCUCGACCACUUCAUUGGGGAGGAAAUGUCCUCACAUAUCCAAAUCGUCGCCAACGACGCCCACAUCUCGGAAGACAACAAGUGGUCAGCCGGAUGGCUUCAUCCCGAGACGGAACUCGGCCACGACAAGGCUCAGUCGCUGCAGGACUACAAGUCCACCGCAGCGCUCGAGUCGGAAAACGGCACCAUUCCACAGAUCAUCUUCAUCGGCGACGGUGUCUCUGAUCUGCCUGCCGCACGGGAGUCUGAUGUGCUCUUUGCCCGCCGCGGUCUCAAGCUCGAGGAGUAUUGCAUAGAAAACAAGCUCGAUUACAUUCCCUUCGACACUUUCGCGGACAUCCAAAAGGAAGUCAUCAAGCUUGCCAAGAUCGACCAGCAGCGCACACAAGGCAAGGGUCUGCCCGCCAAGUUCAAUCCCAGAGCCAAUAUGUGGCGUCGUGUUAGCAGUAAGGCUGCUGUACCAAUCUUCAGUGUCUUCAGCCCGAGUAAGGAGGAGAAGGCAUUCAUCUGGCCUGAGGCCUUCACGGAGAAAGUCGAGAAGCCGGAGGAGGUGGUGCAGAAUGCUCGCGUUGCGGCGCCGACUGCUUGA